AUGAGACUGAUAGCGGUGCCUCUAGCACGGGCGAGACCCACCUCGCAUCCCAUCUCCACCUUUGUCGCACAAACCGCCUCCAGAGCCGCUGAAAGGGCCGCAGCCGAAGCAGCUGCAGCAGCAAAGCAAAACAAUGGCGCCGCCAACAUUGCUCAGCCACCCUUCAUGACUCGCAUGCUCAACAAGGCGUCCGCCUUCUGGAUUGAUCUGGGUCGCACCGAUCAGACUAGCACGUUUGACUGGAAACGAAGGACGUACGUUGUAGGCGAGCGCUUGAUGGAUCGCAUCGAGUACCAAGAGUGGGCGUUGAAGGGCAUCGACCCGGCCAUGGGUCCACAUUUGAUUCGGCGCGAGCCGAAGGAUGUGAACAGCGAGGGCUCGAACAGUGGUGGCAUCCCGAAGCUCGAUCAUGUGCCACUCUUGUAUCCGUCGUCGUUACUCGAGCCGCAGCGGCUGCUCAACAGCUUGAAGAACUUGACGGAUCAUCGUACCCCGCACCACUACCGGCGGUUCUGGUACUGUGUGGCGGGCAUGCCAGUUACUAUUCCUUUUGCUCUUGUUCCCGUGGUACCAAAUCUGCCAUUCUUCUACCUCGUAUACCGAGCAUGGAGCCACUGGAAAGCAUACAAAUCGUCGCAGUACCUCUCGACAUUGAUAGCGCAGGACCUCGUCCGCCCCACCGAGAGCAAGGAACUCGACAGCAUUUUCGCACAGGUCACCCCGCCACCAUCCGCACAAGCACUCGCGUCGGAAGCGUCAAGCGAGAAGAAGGCGGCGACAGCGUCCGCGGCCAUCGAAGACGAGCGCAUGCUGCUGCUCCCGCAUCAUAUUCAGCUGUUGAUGAAUAAGAUGGAGUUUCCGGAGUGGGUGAGGGCGGACCUGCGCCGUGCGCGGUUGCAGGUGGAGAAGAGUGUUGUCGAGAACAAGCUGGAGGAGUUGGAAAGCAGUGCUGAGGAUGUUCAUCCGGAGAACAAGAAGUGA